AGCGGAGUGGGAGAGACAGCUCUUAACUACGGCGCAUAGAUUUUUUUCCGGACACGUUCGAGUACGGCGGCGGCCACGGAAGCGCUUUGACCCGAGUUUUUUGCGUAAGGACGUUGGAGCUUAUACGGCGACGACUAUUAUUUCGGGCGUUGGAAGGUUUGGAUUUUGCUCUGUCUGUCGGGAAUGGACAAAACUCUACUGUGUCUGUGAUUAGACGACUGUUAUAACUCCUUAAAUGGAUUACGCGGCGGUGCUAAACGCCUUCUCAAGUGACAUGGAAAUAGACCUACAUGGUACGGGACUUUUGUGAACAUUUCUGUAAAUAUUUACAGAUUUUAAUCAAUUCUGUUGCAUAAGUUUGAGCUUUUCCUCGGCGAUAGCACGGAAAACAUGGAGGCUGCCUCGCCGAGCUUCCAACCGCAUCCUGGACUUCAGCAAACUCUGAAGCAAUUCCAUCUGAGCUCCAUGAGCUCGCUCGGGGGACCGGCGGCUUUCUCGGCUCGAUGGCAGCAGGACAUGCUCUUCCAGAAGGAUGGCAAAAACGCCGAAGUUCUGCUCAACCUCCCCGCCCAGACCCCCCCGGUAAUGUCGGGGCCCCUCUUCAUUCCUUCCGACCGCUCUACCGAGAGGUGCGAGACGGUCCUGGAGCGCGAGCCAAUUUCAUGUUUCGUUGUCGGCGGUGAGAAGCGGCUGUGCCUGCCGCAGAUCCUCAACACCGUCCUACGCGAUUUCUCCCUCCAGCAGAUCAACUCGGUUUGCGACGACCUCCACAUCUACUGCUCCCGGUGCACCGCGGACCAGCUGGAGAUCCUGAAAGUCAUGGGGAUCCUGCCCUUCUCAGCGCCGUCCUGCGGUCUAAUCACGCAGACGGACGCGGAGCGCCUCUGCAACGCGCUUAUUUACGGCGGAACUUUCCCCCCGCACGCCGAUAAGGACCCAUCCUGUUCGAUUGGACUCGAGCGAACGGAAAAAAGCUUCAAAGUCUACCACGAGUGCUUCGGAAAGUGCAAGGGGCUGUUCGUCCCGGAGCUAUACACGAGCCCCGGCGCCGCUUGUUUGCAGUGCCUGGACUGCAGACUCAUGUUCCCGACCGACAAGUUCGUUGUGCACAGCCACAAACGGCUGGAGAACCGGACCUGCCACUGGGGCUUCGACUCGGCCAACUGGCGGGCCUACGUGCUCCUGGACCGGGAGUACACGGAGAAGGAGGAGCGGCGCGAGCUGCAGCAGCUCCUCAACGAAAUCAAGGCGAAAUUUGACAUCGCGAGCAAGUACAAGAGCUCGUCCUUCAGGUCCUACAGCCCAGUCCCAGCCAAGAGGGCCAAGCAGGACCCCUGCCUCUCCCCAUCACCCGCCAAAGACAAGCAAGCCGAUUGGCUGCAGGCACUGUCGUCAUCCGCUAAUAAGGAACUCAAGCAGUUGCAGCUGAAGCAGCGACCCUCUGCGUUCCGGCCCUGGUCUCCUAGAAACACACCAGCAGACAAGGACACCAGCAGUCUUCAGCACGAGAGGUUGUCCUGUAAGGACUCUGACCACCCCGCGCGGCCCAGGAGCCCCCAGAACGAGAAGGACGCGUCACCCCCCACCCCCCGAGCGUCCAGCCAGGAGCGGAAUUCUACUGGGGGGGCAGGGGACCCCUUCAGAACGCCCCAGAAAUGUCCGGCGGGAGAGAGCGUCCCCCAAGCGUCCAAACCCACCCCCGCCACGGACAACCAGCCGUCCGAGGACAGCGGGGCGGAUGGAGAGAUCGAGGUGGACAACUGUGAGGAUGUGCCCAGACCCUCCUCUUCUCUGGCUCCUCCCCCUUCGCUGCCAUCCAGCAGGGGAUUUGUCAGCUCGCUGAGAGACCCUGAGCUUCUUGAGGCCAGCUUCCUACAGGACGUGCUGAGAAUGCGACUCAAACAGGAGGAGAAGCUAAACGCCGCCCUGCAGGCCAAACGCAGCCUGCAGCAGAAGUUGGAGUUUGUGCGAGCUGGAGGCUUCAGCGCAGGACGGUUAAGGGUCAGCCUGGAAGCGCUUAGAGGCCGCCGUGGAGCCUGCGAAGGAGAUGGAGCGCCGCAAGCCAGAGCGAAGCGGAGGUGCGACGCCAGCGAGGCCUGCAGCCGGCUCAAGAGGGCGCUAGAGAGAGAACGCCAGCUGCACGUGUGUGAGCGCGACUGUGAGUCCGACUGCCUACGGGCACGCUACUCCACACAGAUUGAGGACCUGCAGGUGAAACUGCAGAAGGCGGAGGAGGACCGUGAGCAGCUGCGGUCAGAUCUACAGAGGGAGCGAGAGGCUCGUCAGAACCUGGAGCGUGUGGUCAGGGACCUCCAGGGCCAGCUGGGGCCCAAACACACGGGCACCGACGACACGCCACACACACCACACACACCACACACGCAACACACACCACACACACCACACAGACAGGGAGAGCAGAGUGAAAACGCUGAUAUCUCUUAACCUGAGCACAGAACAGCCAUGUGUGUGUGUGUGAGAGAG